GCUGCAACUAUAUAUCCCCUGAUAGGCUAAUGAUUACAACAAAAAAAGAGUAGAAAUAUAUGUCGUGUCGACUGACUGUUGUAUAGUGAGAAAAAAAAAGUAACGUUGCACAUCAAGGUCUCUUCCUAUAAAUAAAACAUCCAGCCAGACCUGGCCCCAAGGCAUCAGCCACACGCCGCCUAGAGCAAGCUAGCUGCUGUGCUGCUGCCCCGCCGCACUCGCUGCCAUCUCCUAGCUACUCCGGAGAGCUCGGCCGACCUGACCGCCGAGCAGCAAACAGAGCGGAGAUGGGCAGGGCGCCGUGCUGCGACAAGGCGACGGUGAAGAAGGGGCCGUGGGCGCCGGAGGAGGACGCCGUGCUCAAGGCCUACAUCGACGAGCACGGCGCCGGCGGCAACUGGAUACAGCUCCCCCACAAGAUCGGGUUGAACAGGUGCGGCAAGAGCUGCCGGCUCCGGUGGCUCAACUACCUCCGGCCCAACAUCCGGCACGGCGGCUUCACGGAGGACGAGGACAGGCUGAUCUGCAGCCUCUACAUCAGCAUCGGGAGCAGGUGGGCAACCAUCGCCGCGCAGCUGCCGGGGAGGACGGACAACGACGUCAAGAACCACUGGAACACCAAGCUCAAGCGGCGCCUGCUCGGCGGCGGCCGGCGCCCGAGGGCGGAGACGCGCCUCCAGCUCCUCAUGAGCCCAACCUGGCAGCAGAGCUCCUUCGCCGCCUCCUCGUCGGCGCUCGAGAGGAUGCAGGCGAGCAUGCGUCUGCACCGGCGCCACCACCAGCAGGCUCGCCUCGACAUCCCGGCGGCCUUCACCUUGUACAACUACGGCAGCAACCUCGGCGCGCCACUGUGGCCAAGCCCGUCCCCGUCCCCGUCGCCUUCUCCUUCACCGACGGCGAGCGAGGGAUCAGAGAUGCGGCCGCGGCAGCUGCCCGGUGCAACUUCCACCGCUGGUUACUCCGGCCUCUGGUCUCACAUGCCAAACAGUUUCAGCUAUUAUACAGGAGCCGGAGUGCAAGAGCACAUGGACGGUGCCUGCACUCCGCCACUAUCGACGAGCACCGGGGGAGAGACGAUGACGGCGGUGGGCGUGGAGAGCUCGAGCUCGACGCCGACGACGGCAAGCUCCGCCUCCGCAACGUUUGGUGAUUUCGACGAUGAGAUCAACAUGCUGCUCCGGCAGAUCCAGUGCUUGCCGGAGAACGGCCAGAUCGGCGACGAGGCGGGGGACGGCGUAGACGGCUGCUGCUUCAGGGCAAUGAAUCAUGAGGCGGUGGACGGCAGCGUUGUUGGUUCUUGGAGCUGCUGCUCGACUCCUGGAGUGGAUUCAGUGUUCGAUGACUACGUGCAAGGAUACAACCAGUAGCCAGAUGCUUUGCAGACAUGCACUACUAGUGCACAUUAGAUUGCUUAGAUUACUGAUGGAAUGCAUUUAGUUUUGUGAACGUGUGAUAUGAUACUGAGAGUAGGUUUCAUUCUGAAUAUAUCUGUGUUUCGGUAUGUGAGAAUAUGUAUCAUAGUUCAGUAGUUUUCAUUUCUGAUCAUUUAAAUAUAUAGUGAUUAUAA